AAUCGCGCAGUGGAAGCGAACAUGCAGACAGAUGAGAGGAGCGAGCACGAAAGACGCAAGAGUACCUUUGCAUGCAUUCGGCCUCAGAUUUGAGUGAUUUGUUGAUGCAUUUUGUGCCAUUCAAAGGAGAGCGGCCUUUCAGCCACUCGAGUCUCAGACGAAGUCGCUGGCGACCACGGUUAGAGAAAAGAACGUCGUUGUCUGCACUGAAACGAACUGGAAAGUUUUCGUGGACGCAGUCUCCCUUACCGAUGUCGGAGUUUUACUAAGCAGAGAACCCAUCCCGUGAGGAAGAGUGUAACUAAGAGAGUAAUCACUCUGUCAUUUAAGGUGUUCGCGCUUCUUGUUUAGAGUUUAAACGUUAAGUUCACCUCGAACAAUCAAAGAACUGAAAGUCGCGCAUCGAACCUUUCGAGUUUCCAGCCGUGAAUAGGAGAUGUGUCAACUUGAGGGCAUUGAAAACUCAGAACUUGGUUCUUCAACAAGGGAGCUACAAGUGCGAAGCGGCGGGACUAACGAACGCGACGCGACUGUCCUCCUCUUCGGAAUCGCGAAACUCUCACAACGUUUCUCGAGCUGCCAACUAAAGGACCAGAAAGCAAGCUUGAUCUUUGAUACAUGAAAUCACUGAAAACAACGACCUGCUCCUGAACGUUUUUUCUGCCCAUUUUCUUUUCAGUCACACAUACGUAGAGAGUCCAGACCUCCUACUCAGAGGUCUGCUGCUGGCAGCUCUGCUUCGACGCCUGCUGGUUCUGUUGUAAUCCUUGGUUGCUGAAAUGUUACCGCUGCGUCCAUCCUGUUCUGUUCAAAAGAGAAAUCUGGAAAUCUCCAACUCUAUCUGUUCAAACGCCUUUUUCUUUGCCGAUGGCCAAGUACCUUCCGACGAUGGUUCGGACGCUGCUUUUCGCCUAGGUCUCUCGAUGAGGCCAAGAGAUGACCAGGCUUCUCCCUUUGUCUAUUGGACAUAGUGUCCAGUGAUAGUCUUGACUAUUCUAACACAACAGAACAUGGAUUUACACCUCUAGAUGAAGGCAAAAACAAGACUGAAUGCUUCCGUUAUAUCUCAGGUAAGGACGAAGAAGCAGCGUGAAACUAACUUCGGAAAGUCUUAUCCCACGGCUCGAGUGACUGCUUCAUUAACGAGGUUGUCAAGGCAACGGCUUCUUGACCACACUACUGGCAAAACGGGGUUCUCUCUUUCGACACUAGAGACGUUUUUCCGUCGUUGGUCACCUUUUUCUGACGGGUUUCUUCUCCAGAUUUGUCUUCCACACUGACGAGAAGACCCCAGGAACUUCGGCACACCCGCCGAGCUUUGAGACCGUAACAAGCUACGCGAAAAAGCUCUACAGGAGGCCUGCUCUGCUGCCUCAGUUGAAAUGGACGUCUCCUCCCCACCAAGUUAGAAGACGACUCUCUGGCGUUGUUUUCUCGCGUAUUCUUUGCCUGUUGCGUUUGUUUCUUCGUCUGAGUUCUGUGGGUCGGCGCCUCUUUUUCCGGUCACCGCGUGGAAAGCAAUUCGAUUCAAAUCAUUGGCUCCUUUGUUGUUCGGCUCAAUUUGCGCCAUCUGUUAUCAGGUCAGGACGACCAUCUAGGCUCGACCUGGGGUACUACAGUCAUUGCAAGCCGCGUAUUUACUUCCGAGGAACCCGUGUCUGUUUAGGGGAUGUCAUCUUUUGUUCUUCCCGCAGGAACCCGUCAGCUGUUUAUGCUGAGAGCGCCGCUCGCUCUUUCGCGAUCUGUCUGCGGCUUUUUUCGCAAGUUCCCCUUUUUUUCCGAAGAGAAACCCGCAAACAGCAGAGGCUGCCAGGGAACUCGCUGGUGGUCGCGACUUGAUCGGCCAGAGAGAGCGUCUUCUAUCGAGGCCAAGUGCUGCUGACGUUGCGCGAAUGCGUUACUCGCAAACACGACUUUGUGGGUUUCAUUGUGCGUCAAAUCGAUUGUGUCUUUCGGUCUUUUCUUUGCCGUUCGUAAAAAGCGAAAACUUCGCGGAGACGAAGAGCGCUCGCGUGCAAGUCGCCAGCGAAGGGAUCCGUCGGACUGUCUUCCUCGCAACGAUUGCGGCUGUCCAAGAAUUCUUUUCGCGGUUCUUUUCCCCUUCUUCGUCUCUUUCGUUUCUAAACGCUUGCAGCUUUAAACGCAUGCGCCACCUUUCUUUUUCCGUAGGUCUCCGAGACUCUGUGACGCGAUUUUUGCGACUGCCGCCGUUCAUCUGCGGUGCAUGUACUGCCCGCCUCUAGGUCUCGAAUGAGGUUGCGCCUCCCCCUGUUUCGCUUCCCCUUCAGCUUUGUGAAUUUCAAACACCGGUCAUUGCCUCACCUUCCUGGCGCUUUUGGUCGGGAGUGACCUGCUGAGUCGCUGUCUCUGUUUCCCUCGUUUCCCUGCCUUCGCUGGCGAGCUCCGUGAGAAGUCCGUGUCCACGCGACACUGAGCCAAGAAGUUAUCCGCCACGAACUUUUUCAGGGAAACGGACAUCGACGACUGUCUAACCAGUAAAGAGUUCACUCGCUUUUCAAGAACCUCCCCUUUGCGUUUCCUCCCGUCGGACGUUCACGAAACUGCGACGCAGAUUUCCAGGGAAACGGCGCUCCACAGAGUGACCUCUUUGUGCCUGUCUCGCUUUUUUCCAGACAGAAGACUCUGUUUCAUCGCACUUCUCUGACGGCAAACUGUGCCAAGGGCGCCCGUUCGCCUGCGCCUCCGAGUCCUCUACACGUUUGAUUUCUGUCCACUUCAGACUAUCGAGAUCAUGUCGCCGUACCAGUAUCUCUUCAAGUAUAUCAUCAUCGGAGACACAGGCGUCGGAAAGAGCUGUCUGCUUCUCCAGUUCACAGACAAGAGGUUUCGCACCGACCAUGACCUGACCAUCGGCGUCGAGUUCGGUGCUCGGCUCGUCUCCAUCGCAGGCCGCCAAGUGAAGCUGCAAAUCUGGGAUACCGCAGGACAAGAGUCCUUCAGAUCCAUCACGCGCUCCUACUACCGCGGUGCUGCUGGAGCGCUUCUCGUCUACGACAUCACCAGGCGCGACACUUUCCUUCACCUGACUCGGUGGCUGGAUGAAGUGCGACAGAAUUCAAACCCACACAUGACGAUCAUGUUGAUCGGCAACAAGAGCGACCUCGAGCGCCGAGAGGUCAGCUUCGACGAAGGUGCGGCUUUUGCGCGCCAGCACGGAUUGAUUUUUUUGGAGACGUCGGCGAAGACAGCUCAGAAUGUCGAUGAGGCCUUCAUUUUGACUGCGCGGAAGAUCUACGAAAAUAUUCAGCGGGGUAUCUACGACCUCAGCAACGAGGCUCACGGAAUCAAAUGCGGUCCCGUCAACGCGUACGGCAGUCGUCAAGGCUCAGAGCAACCGCGUAGCCUGGCAGAGCAGCGGUCUGCAAGUUGCUGCUAAGAGGAAGUCGCGUGUGUGAAAAAACGAAGGAAGAGAGAAAAGAUGGCAUCCAGGGGGAAGAGGAGGUCGCUUGGAGAGCACGAAAGGGGAACGGAGCCCAAGACAAGCUCUGUCGAGGGUGACAGCAAACGGACGAAGGUCUGGAGAAGCAGGAGCAAAGACAGUUGAAGGAGGCGCAGAAAGCAGCGCAGCAGGAGUAGUGAGAGGAGGAGACCAGGCUUCGAAUCAGAUAUGCGAAGAGAACGCAUGGCGUGGAGACGCGCAAAAGGAGGAGUGACAGAGAAAGAAGAGAAAAGGUGAAGGGAGGAAGAGAAGAGAGAAUAAAGGAGAAAAGAAGAGAGAGAAGAGCGACGAAAGAGCGAGAAGGCAAGGUCUUGCUCUGGACAGAUGAAUUGCAUGUGCCUUCCGGUCGUAGCUUUGUGCUCAGUUUUUCGUGUUUGCUCUUCAAGAGAGUUUUUGAGGGGAGCUGUGAGAGGAGAAAACGCCUUUGCAACGGGGGAAAAAAAGGAGGGACACAAAUUGCUUCUUUUACCUGCCCACUUUUGAAAAAACAUUGCGGUCUUUCUGCCUUUCUGACCCUCCGUGUGUGUAGUUCGCGUCCGCUCUUUGCCAUGCGGAGACAGUUGCUGGUUCGUGGCUGCCGUCUCCAGUCCUGUUUCUCUUUUUAGAUUUUUAAAAUUCUGGUCGACAUUCAUCAGGCGUUUUUCCUCUCGCGACGACCGGCCUGUCUCUCUUUUCUUCCAGGUUCUCGUCUUGACUUUGCAGAUCGAACCAGAAAGCGUAUCUCGCUUCUCUUCUUCUCUACGCUUUCCUCUCUCUGCUUUCUACUCUCUCGUCUCGUCUCGACAGGUGCAGCGGGCAAGACAUAUGACUGCCUGCAUGCGGGUGCCAGGGAAGCUGCGAGUUUUCAUCUGGCGUGUGACGCUCGUUCCAGCAUUUCGACAGAGACAUUUCUGCGCAUCCAGAAAGCGCCAUUUGCCACAGACGAAACAGACUCGCGAGAAAUCUCACAAACUGCACACGCCUCACGGCAAACAAUCAGAAACGGAGACAACAGACCUUCUGAACUACAUUCUCAAACUUCACACUCCUCAUCCCCACCUAUAUAUGUCUCCAAACACAUGGACACAUACACAUACACACAGCUAUAUAUAUAUAUAUAUACAUCGACAGUUACAUAUAUAUCUAUCUAUCUAUCUAUAUAUAUAUAUAUAUAUAUAUAUGUACAUAUAUUCGUUUCUCUUUGAUGCCGAGAAGAACUCCUUUGCUUUUGUCUCGUUUCUUGCACUCUUCCACGUUUGUGGAGGAAGCGACACCCGAAUUCGAUUCUCGUUUCAAAUUUUCUCUGACGUCA